ACCCGGCCAUGACGUCAGCAGUAAAACCUGCUCCGGCUGGGUGUCUGUCGGAAAGUGAAGUGUGUUUGGCGUGCUAGGUGUCGGAGUUUUCCCCCGUGUUGUCUGUCUUUUGUUUAGUGUUAUUGUCGUUCUUUUAACUCCAAUUGCCAGUUUUUGCUUACUUAUUUAGAAACCCAGCACUGUAGUCGAUUUAUGGGAUGUUUUAGAAAAGUUCCCGAAGUGCUCUUUGAGGUACCGGUGGACUGCGGACACCACCGGAGAUGGAUAAGCUAACCGAUAGCUGAGUUGUUAGCCGAGAAUCACAGCUCAAGAAUACGAUUAAUACUAGCAUGCUAACAGCUAGCUAAUUUAGCUUUGCUAACCUUUAACGUCAGAACUACUGCCGGUUAUUUCUCGGGCCUGGCUGCUUCCCCGUGAAUAGUUCGUCAGAGGCCAGCUAACCCAGGAAGAAGACUCUGUCUACAUUUAAAGGAAAAAGACAUACGUGUUGUUGAGAGGUGGCGGUUGUUCGUCUCUCAGCCCAAACCAAGCAUGCUGUCCAACGCACAGAACCAGCCACUGUUUCCCAACCCGGCGGGGCAGCAGAACCCGGGCGGGCAGCAGAAUACUACGGGCCAGUUCCUUCCCUUCCACGCAAGACCCUCCUUACAGAUCAAGAAGAAUGCCAUUACAGAUGACUACAAGGUAACCAGCCAGGUGCUGGGGCUGGGCAUCAAUGGCAAGGUGCUUGAAAUCUUCCAGAAGAAGACUGGAGACAAGUAUGCGCUGAAGAUGCUGCAGGAUUGUGCCAAGGCCCGUAGGGAGGUGGAGCUUCACUGGAGGGCGUCACCUUGUGCUAACAUUGUGUGCAUCAUUGAUGUCUAUGAGAACCUCUAUCAGGGCAGGAAGUGCCUGCUUAUUGUCAUGGAGUGCAUGGAUGGUGGGGAGCUUUUUAGUCGAAUCCAGGACAGAGGGGACCAGGCUUUUACAGAGAGAGAGGCAUCGGACAUCAUGAAGAGCAUAGGAGAGGCCAUUCAGUUCCUGCAUGCCAUCAACAUUGCACACAGAGACGUCAAGCCAGAGAAUUUACUGUAUUCCUCGAAGAGGCCCAAUGCCCUGCUCAAACUCACAGAUUUUGGCUUUGCCAAGGAGACCACUUCACACAACUCUUUAGCUACCCCCUGCUACACACCCUACUAUGUUGCUCCAGAGGUUCUGGGCCCAGAGAAAUAUGACAAGUCAUGUGACAUGUGGUCGUUGGGUGUCAUUAUGUAUAUCCUGUUGUGUGGAUACCCUCCUUUUUAUUCUAACCAUGGUCUAGCCAUCUCUCCUGGGAUGAAGAAGAGGAUCAGGAUGGGCCAAUAUGAGUUUCCCAACCCUGAAUGGUCUGAUGUAUCAGAGGAAGCUAAACAACUGAUUAGGACCCUCCUUAAGACUGAGCCGACGCAAAGGAUGACCAUCACAGAGUUCAUGAAUCAUCCAUGGAUCAAUCAAUCAAUGGAGGUUCCCCAGACCCCACUUCACACCAGCCGGGUGCUAAAGGAGGAGAAGGAUGCUUGGGAGGAUGUCAAGGAGGAAAUGACCAGUGCCUUGGCAACAAUGAGGGUUGACUAUGAGCAAAUCAAGAUCAAGACCAUCGAGGACUCGACCAAUCCACUGCUAACGAAACGGAGGAAGAAAGCCAGUAACCCCAUGCAGGACCCACAGUCUGCUGCCCACUGAGAGAUGCAUACAUGCACAUACAGACACAGGUUGUAAAAAGGAAGCAAUAAUUUGU